AUGACCGACGAGAUAACACAUUUCCCCGAAAAUGUACAAAAACUAUUAGCUGAUGCCAGACUACCAACGGAACAAUUGAAACCAGUGUAUUAUGAAUUGACGAUCGGUGAACACUUUCCAGAUGAUUCUAUUCGAUUGAUGGAAGUGAACAGUGCAUUGAUUGAAGAAUUAGAUAAGAAUCAAAAACUAGUCAUUCGUGGCACGCAUGACGAUUUUGCGACAUUAUGUACAUCAGAUCAAAUUUUCGAAAUGAAAACAGCUGAAACAUCGAAUACACUACUACUUGCUAGUCCACUCGAUUCUUCCUUAUCGAAUAAAGAAAAUGGAUGUGUUUCAUUAAAAGUCAAUUCAAUUCUUCACGCCAAAUAUGAAUUGACACCUUGCGUACCAAAAUUAAGACGUAUACGGCAAUUAUUGGAAGAAAAUCCCUAUCGAGGUCGGUUUGAUGAUGAUGAUGAGAACAGUCUGGCACGAAAAAUCACUGUGAAUGACUUGAAAAAUGAAGUUCAAGCAAGUGACCAAGCCAUCGAUGCGUAUUUAAAAAAACUCAAUGCGAUUACUGUUGAUGGUCAUUUACGGCUCUUAGAUUUUGAUUUUCGUACAAAACUUAUCGAAUACAUCCUCUCGUUAAUAUCAAUUCAUGAUUGGUCAAAAGAUGAUAUUCCAAUUGAUAAAUGUGCGUCGGAAAUGAAAGAAAUGUGUCCAAAAUCUGUUGCCAAGCAAUUUCUAGAACAAAUUGGAACAAUCUCCACAGAGGGGAAUUCAAUCGCUUUAAAUGCUAUCACAAUAUCUAUUCAUUAUGCACUGGACUUACUACGAAAUUUAGAGAAAAUGAAAUUAUCCGAAUUUAUGACAUGUUGGAGAGAAUGUGUACCUAGUGAAUUUUCAAUUGAUCUCGAGCAAUUAAAAGGAUAUGUCAUUCAUUCUGAAGAUACGAUUGCCUACAUAGACAUGGAUACACUUAGCGAAAAACCUGAUGAACGACUCAAAUCAUUAUUUACUCGGAAAAAUCUUUGGACAUUAGCAGAAUUAGAACCAUUCUUAACGAGUUUAACCACGUCAAGUGCAGAAUUCAAUUCCUUAUUAACAAUGCAUACACGUAGUAUUAUCAAAGAUGGACAAAAGCACUACGUUCCUAAAUACAGUUAA